AUGUGUCCAAGCAAACAAGGCGACCGCCACCCAGGGCCUGACCCCUCUUUCGUACAUAAUCACUGCACCUUGACAGUGCUAUUUGCUUCUUCGACACGUACAAAGAGACACUCUGGCAGUCUGCGACACCAUUGUGCCAAGUGGAAUCAACAUACCUACCUAAGCAGAUUAUUUAUACAGGUACGUUCGCUCGGAACGCUCCGCUGGGGCAAAGUCCCGCCCUCACUCUGCCACCCGACUCUUCAACUCAACUCUACUUUGUCUACAACCCGCUCACAGCACACCACGCCUACUCGACCCGCCCCAUACACAAAUACACACAAACAACCACACUGCGCCAUGGCUCUCAAGCGUAUCAACAAGGAACUCACUGAUCUCGGCCGUGAUCCUCCCUCAUCCUGCUCUGCUGGCCCCAUCGGAGAUGAUUUGUUCCACUGGCAAGCGACCAUCAUGGGUCCCAGCGACUCACCAUACUCGGGCGGCGUGUUCUUCCUCGCGAUCCACUUUCCCACCGACUACCCUUUCAAGCCGCCAAAGGUGAACUUCACUACUCGCAUCUACCACCCCAACAUCAACUCCAACGGCAGUAUCUGCUUGGACAUCCUACGAGACCAAUGGAGCCCUGCCUUGACCAUCUCCAAGGUGCUACUGAGCAUUUGCUCUAUGCUCACGGAUCCCAACCCUGACGACCCGCUUGUCCCCGAAAUCGCACAUGUCUACAAGACCGACCGUUCUCGAUACGAGUCGACCGCAAGGGAAUGGACUCGCAAGUAUGCCAUCUAG